GUGCACUAAUAGGCAGCACUCAUGGGCACUGAUAGGCAGUACUGAUGGACACUGAUGAGGCCACUGGCAGUGGGGCUGGAUCAGGGGCGGACUGACAACUCAUGGGGCCCCCAGGCAAUGGGGGAUCAUGGGGCCCCUGUGUCCUUGCCCAAACUCAAAAAAGCCUAUGAAAAAGGUACCAGGGGCAUCUCAUGGGGCUCCCUACUGACCCCGGGCCCUCGGGCAGUGCCCGAGUUUCCAAAUGGUUAGUCUGCCCCUGGUC